GUCAAUUAAUUGAACAUCGCUUCAAGCACAUUGUCAGUUCGAGCCUGUGUCACUCUUCCCGGAGAAGUGUUGCAGCCAUCGCCUGGCAGACGCAGUCGGGCUGCGGCUCUGUACUGCGCAAGCAUACACAUUUUUUGAACAUCAAAACAACUACAAUCCCGAAGAGUCAAGUCGCAUUCGUGCGCAAAGACCGCAAAGAUGGCAAACAAGCAAGGGAAGAUGCAAAAUCUGAUCAACUAUCGCAUGCGUGUUACAAUGAAUGAUGCUCGACAGAUGACUGGCCAGAUGCUUGCAUUCGAUAAACACAUGAACCUCGUCCUUGCCGACACCGAAGAAUUUCGCAAAGUCAAACGCAAGCAGAACCGACCUGGUGCGCCCGCCGCGCCCGGCUCAGCAGCAGCGACCGUCGAGACGGAAGAGAAGCGUACAUUGGGUCUUGUGAUACUCCGAGGAACGAACAUUGUCAGUUGCAGCGUCGAAGGCCCUCCUCCAUCCGACCCAUCCGCACGUCUUGGUCAGUCUGCGCCUGGUGGUGCCCCAAGCGCUCUACAGGCUGGAGCAGGAAUAUCAAGACCAGCGGGGCGGGGUUUGCCAGUCGGUUUGGGUGGCCCAGCAGCUGGUAUUGGUGGUCCACCGCCUCCAGGAGGGUUUGGAUUUCCGCCCGGUGGAUUCCCAGGAGGCGCUCCGCCAGGCUUCGGAGGAAGAGGAGGACCAGGGGCCCCGCCGGUUGGUGGUCCGCCGCCGGGCUUUGGCGGACCUCCACCAGGAUUUGGUGGCCCAGGUGGUCCUCCUGCUGGAUUCCAGCCGCCUCCUGGAUUCCAAGGUCCUCCAGGACAAGGAAGAGGCUUCCCACCGCCAGGGUUUGGAGGCAGGUAAAAGCUGUGUAUGUGGACGAAUUAUGCUUGGGCAUGAGUAGGGGGACGUCGCUUAGAGCAACCACUGCAUGACGGACAGUCUGACCUGAUUUGGGCAGAAGCACGUGCCUACUUCGACAGUAACAACAUCUAUGGGCCACACCGCGUGAUGUCUAAGCCUCGAUCGUGUCUGGGAGCAAGCCGUGCCUGAGGCUCGGACCACCAGAUCAGAAGGUUCCGCAUCAAGGAUCAGCGCAAUGGAGUAUCAGGGAACAGCAGCGAUUAUGAGACGCGGCUUCGCUUUGCGCGCUCGGUAUAUGGUCGAAGGAACAGGCCUGUAGGGCCAUGAUCAGCAGAAGAAGAUUACCAUACCAUAUCGGGUCUUACGGAGUUGGUUAAGGGACAGAUCAGGAUCCUCAUAGCAGUGAACAAACACAGAUGAUCAACGCAUGAGAGUUUGCAAAAGGAUAAACAUCGCUCCAUUCUCUCAAUCUUGGUGAAGGUCUUUCCUGCAGAGUGGCC